CUCAGACUCCUGCCUCUGACAGGAACUCGGGAGGUUUCGAUGAUCGGCACAAACUGUGUUCUACGUGAUUGUUCGGACCAGCGCUGCCCAAAUAAAGUCCAGUCGAUGCGACCCGAGGUCCCGUUUUCAGGGCGAACCCGCGGAAACGACCUCCAGUGCGUUCUUAAGCGAGGGACUUCAUGUUUUUUUUUCAACGAGUAGCUGAUAUUUACCGACCUAGCUUUGUCCUUCGCAGUCACAGCUGUAUUGGAUCGCCGUCACAUAAUACUAAACGUUGUGGAGUAUGGCUCAGCAUGGACAAAAUGUAGCCAGCUCUCAAAAAGCACUCAUGCUGGAGAUGAAAAAUCUCCAAGAGGAGCCGGUGGAAGGAUUCAAGAUAACUUUGGUGGACGAGUCGGACUUGUACAACUGGGAAGUGGCGAUAUUUGGACCCCCAAACACGCACUACGAGGGCGGUUAUUUUAAGGCUCGGAUCAAAUUUCCCGUCGACUAUCCUUACUCCCCUCCUGCUUUCCGCUUCCUCACCAAAAUGUGGCACCCCAACAUCUACGAGGUAACCACGAAGUUAGCGUGUUACACGGAUCUGCGUGUCUGCAUUUGUCCAGCCGUCGUCUCUGAGCGCUGUGACCAUUUCGUACUCUCAGAACGGAGACGUGUGCAUCUCCAUCCUGCAUCCGCCCGUGGACGACCCGCAGAGCGGAGAACUGCCCUCAGAGAGGUGGAACCCCACGCAGAACGUCAGGACGAUCCUGCUGAGCGUCAUCUCCCUCCUGAACGAGCCCAAUACCUUUUCUCCGGCCAACGUGGACGCGUCCGUCAUGUACCGCAAGUGGAGGGACAGCAAGGGCAAGGACAGAGAGUACAUCGAGAUAAUCAGGAAACAGGUUCAGGCCACCAAAGCCGAGGCGGAGCGGGACGGCGUCAAAGUCCCCGUGACCCUGGACGAGUACUGCGUCCGCACCCGGGUCACCACCACGGACGACGGAUCCAACCUUUUAUACGACGACUACUACGACGACGAGGAGCUGGAGGAGGACGACGAGGACGAGAACGAGGACUUCUGCUACGACGAGGACGACUCCGGCACUGAGGACUCCUGACCGACCUUUCCUGAGCGGUCGGCCCCCCCCCCCACGAUCCCUAACCGGUUUUUGUUACCAAGGCUCCCUACACUCUUUUGGACUGAACUCUAACCCCGCCCCCUUCUUCUUGAGUCCUCGCUGAGCACGCCCCCCCCAGUCUGAGGCACUGAAAGGAGGAAGGGCUUUAGUUUCCACGUGUUCCUUCGUUUGUUUCGUCUUUGUAGAGGUUCCAGACAGCAGGACGAGCUGAAGUUUGAGCUUUCCUUCUGUUCCUGUUCUCAUCUGCACUGUUACCCCAUAGUUGGAUCUUCUACCCCCCCACCGCCCCCGUCUACAUGUCCCGGGCGGAGCAGCGGUCACUCCUGAACGUGCUCAGCAGUCAGGAAUGUAACAUCUCAGAUCGCUGUGAAACCACGCCAGAGGGUUGCAAAGUUGAAAUUGAAUUUCCUUCGGAUGCUCCGUCAUCGCCAUCGCUACGCGUGAUGUCACACCUCUGACCUUUAAAGCUGCAGGGCUUACGCUGCUCAGCACCAACUGUUCUCACGGCGCUGCUCUCACUCCUUUGUGCCUUCCUUUAUUUUAUGUUUUCUGAAGCGGUCCACCGGAUCGGAGAGGUUUGGUCCGCCGAGGUGGCAGAGGGCGACGUUCAGGCAGCAGCAGCACCUGUCGGCAGGUGGAGGGAGGGACCACGCGUCCCCCCGUUUGCCGCCUUCAUCCUUUAAGCGUGUCAGGUCGGUCGCGAUGCGCCGAGAAACUCCUGCUCCGAUACCGACAGGACAUCAGCGUACUGUUCUAAAAUAUCUAUGCAGUCAGUGUCCGCCGAAGACGCUUUAAAGGUGGCGGUAAAGAGGAGGAGUCUUGUCUGAUCAAUCAUGUGGUUGUGGUUCUCUCCUGAAGAGCUCGCCCCCUUCUGGCCGCUGCGUGUAGAAGCGUUUUCUUUUCUUUGCAACCUGAGAGCGGGAGGAUGUUGGGGCACCUCCACCGGGGAACUCGAUCCGGUCGCAGCGAGUGACUCAGAAGUAUGGAGGAGGGCGCCCUGCUUUGGCUGGGAGGAGUUCUCCUCACCGUUCUUCUGAACGCCACGCUGACCUUGCGUCUGCUGCGUUCACGGAUCAUCGGAAAGAAAAGCCGAAAUGCAGCCUGGGAAUCUUGGACUGAAAGGAGCUCGUGGUUUCCAAAAGUCCACCACGGUUUUGUGGUUUUAGAUCUUUGAGGUUGAAGCUUAUUAAAUGAUGUUUUUUUUGGUUUUAUUUUGAAAGCGGCUGCAUUGUGGCGAGGUCAAAGCUGACUUUAGUCGUCUCCGCGUUUUGGUGUGAACUGCUUUGCUGCUUUUGUUCAGCUGCUUCACAAAGAACCAAACGGACAGAGCACACGGACUGGGAAGAACGUCGGCUGGCGUUCUACGUGCUCCAUCACUCAUCUGGUCUUUGAAUGCCCCCCCCACACACACACACACACACACACAUGCUUUUAUGUUGGUUUGACCUCCUCUCUGAAGGUCGUUUGAUUGUCCUACCUUGUUCCUGUCGGCAAGAUCACUGAUCCGUGCAGAAAGACCCAGCAGGUCCAAAAUCCUCAGGAAAAAACAAAACGACUAAGAAAUUCUUUCCCGGCCGAGUCGAACCGGUCCUGAGGAGAAACGGCUUCAAAGGACUGUUUACAAGCUCUACCUUGAUAUGCACAUGUGGAUACUUUGACUAUCACGUAUUUGUUCUUUUCUUUGUAUUUCCUUUUUUUUCUUAUGGUUUGUAAAUCUAUUUAAAUCUGAAUAAAGCUCUUUAUUAAGUACAGGC